AGUCCAGCCCACCUCAUUAAAUAUUACACUGCGUGUCUCACGCAAGAGCACAGAGAGGUACUCUGUACCUAGGAAGUGACUGCCCGCUGCUUAAACUGCACAACAAUGAGCUAUCCAGGCUAUCCUCCUCAGUCCGGCUAUCCUCCUCAGGGUGGUGGAUACCCACCACAACCAGGUGCUUACCCUCCUGCCGCAGGAGGUUACCCACCUCAACCUGGGAUGUACCCUCCACAAGCAGGCGGAUACCCUCCUCAGCCUGGUGCUUAUCCACCACAGCCAGGUGCUUUUCCAGGCCAGCCAGGGCAAUAUCCUUCUGUUCCCUCAGGAGGUUGGGGUGCCCCCAUUGGCUUGGAUAAUUUGCCAAAUCCUGGAUUUAAUGCAUCAAAUAUCCAAGGAAUGGCAAAUCAGUUUGCAGCCGAUGGUGGAUUUGCACCAAAUCCAUCCAUGUUCUCUGGUGGCUACCCUGGUCCUCAACCUGGGGGCCCACCAGCUGUCUCCCCUAACCAGCCCUAUGGCAUGUACCCGCAGCCAGGAGGAGGUAUGCCUCAGAAUCCUGGAAUGGGAUAUCCUGGAGGGCCACCCCCUGGUCAACAGAUGCCGAGCUAUCCAAACAUCCCAGUGCCCAAUCCGUCAGGGCCUAGCUAUCCUAGAGCACCCUCACCCAACCCGUCCAUGCCCGGAUAUGGUGGAGGUUAUGGAGGAGGUGCACCAGCCGUUCCAGCAAUCAGUCGUGGAUUCAGAGGAUCCAUUCAAGAUUUCCCUGGAGCUGAUCCACUUAAGGAUGCAGAGGUCCUCAGGAAGGCCAUGAAGGGCUUUGGCACUGAUGAACAAGCCAUCAUUAAUUUGCUUGGAAGUCGCUCCAACAAGCAGCGUGUACCUCUCUUGAUGUCAUACAAGACUGCAUAUGGAAAGGACUUGAUUAAGGAUCUGAAGUCUGAGCUUUCAGGGAACUUUGAGAAGGUGGUGCUGGCUAUGUUGAAAACUCCAUCUCAGUAUGAUGCAUAUGAGCUUAAAGAGGCCAUCAAGGGAGCAGGGACAGACGAGGCCUGUCUGAUUGAAAUCUUGGCCUCGCGCUCUAAUGCGGAGAUCCGAGAAAUCAAUCAAGUUUUCAAAGCUGAGCAUAAGAAGUCACUGGAGGACGCCAUCAGUGGAGACACUUCUGGACAUUUCCGCAGACUUUUAGUCUCUCUUGCUCAGGGUAACCGUGAUGAGAGUGAGAAUGUGGACAUUUCAUUAGCCAAAACGGAUGCUCAGGCUCUGUAUCAAGCUGGGGAAAAUAAACUCGGCACAGAUGAGUCUAAGUUUAAUGCCAUCCUGUGUGCCCGGAGCAAAGCUCACCUCAGAGCAGUGUUUAAUGAGUACCAGCACAUGUGUGGCAGAGACAUUGAAAAGAGCAUUGAGAGGGAGAUGUCUGGAGAUCUGGAGAGCGGCAUGCUGGCUGUCGGUGAGUUUUUCUUCGCUGUCAUUUAUAAUCGUUUUAUUAAUCUUGCCAUUGCACACUUAUAA